ACGAGAUAGAGAAUUUAGAGCUUAUGAAGGAAGAUUGGAUUAACUGGCUGAAGGAUUAUUAUUCAGGGAGGAACCACGAAGUUAUAAUCGGUACUGCGAGAACUAGAAAUAUGAUGAGAACUGCACGCAAAAGCGAACCGUGCAACAGCCACGAGGCUAAUACUUCACGGGAAAUUUUUCAAUUGACGCAGAGACCUCAAGAAAUGUCGAAUUUGGCGAACGUUGUUUGCAAUUUCGAGAAGGGUUAUCUCUCGCCUUCGAAAAAGGAGAGAGCAGCCGACGAAUACAAGCAGAAGAACUUCGUCAAGAAGACUGUCGAAUCUUUAGAAAUGGAAUGCAAGAUUUAUAACGAUUUGAAGGCCGCGCAGGAGAUUUCAAAAUGUCCGGAAAGAAAUAAGUCGAACGAUGCUCCUAUGCUGAAAUCGUGGAAAAGAAGUUCCAGGAUCUUCCGCAAUCCAUUCAAAAACGAUUUCUCGCAUUCGAAGCCAAAUAGUAGGAACGAUAACGAAUUUGACGGAAGUGACUUGUCAUCUGAGGAGAGAAUUCUUAAUACGUCGUCGGACAGUAACAGACAUAUUCGGAGAAGACUGAAAGAGUUAGAAAAUUCAAAGUGCUUGGGCAAAUCAAAGAUGAUCCUGUCUGCUUUCGGUCGCAAAGCUUCUGGUCUGGAGAUCUGCUCGACUUUCUUGCGUUCCAAUUCCGAUUCCUCGAGUCCCUCUAAUUGCUUCACAAGAGCAGAGCUGAUGCGAAAGAUCGACCUUUCCGACUCGGUGAGAAGGUUCUCUCCCGACAAGACGAAGACGAUGGGUAGCGUCGAUCCCUACAUGACUUCAUCGGCGGAAACUAUUUCUACAGCCGAGGAUUCUCUUCCAACAACGAGUACCUUGAUCGACGAUUCCCCGAAGAGCGAUAAUUCGAUGUCGGCAGAAAUUUCACAUGUCGAUAAAUCUCCAAAGGUACUCGGGGCAUUUCUGAAGAAACCGAUCGACGUCGAGAACACUUUCAUCGAUUGGAUACCUACCAACGGAAAGAGGCUGCCGCGGAAGAGAUCGCUCAAGAAGUUGCUCUCUUUGUUGACCAGAGGAAAGUACGCCAGAAAGUUCUCGUCGGAAAGAAACCUGAAAGAGGAACCGCAAGAAUUCCAAGAUUCUGGAUACGACGAGAGAUCUUGCUCCUCUAUGUCUCUAACUUCUCUGAUUUCCAUCGCGGACGCGCUACGUCACCAAGAAAGCAGCUAUUUCGAAUCUAAUAGAAGAAGCGAUCUGAAAACUUUCAAAUCGAAGAACAAAUCGACCGAAGAAAAGCAGAGCGAAGCUUUUUGCGAUACGUAUCGUUCUGCGGAGAACCUGAAGGGAAAGCAGCUGCUUCUAACGGAGGUGCCACGCGAGGAAGUGAAGCUGGAUCUUGGCUCAUGCUAUCCUCCUCUUUCCCAGACGAUUCGAUUCCCAUCGCCUUUAGUCGACGAACUUGUACCCAGGCCACCGAACCAUCCAUACGUAUCGAAGAUGCCGAAAAAUCCGUUCGUUACCUCGACUAAGAUAGACAACUUGGCGGAAUUUAACAGCUCUCACGUGUAUUACAAUAACAGUGAUUUGUCAUUGAUGAUCAUUAAGAACGACCUGUACGAAGUGGAGUUUCGAAGAAGCUGCAACGACCUUCCCUCGUCGAAUGUCUAUAGCAGCUCUUCGUCCGUGACCAACCACUACGACGUCCCCAGAAUAUUCUUAUCCAAGUUCGAGAACGAAAUACUAUGGAUGCGGAAGUCGAAAUCGAAGCUAAACAUGAAAGAGGAGCCAAUUUACGACAUUCCCAAGUCACAAAGUAUCGAGAGACCUACGUCCAGCAUUUACGAUGACGUUCUGUCGUUGAAGAGAAAGGGCAUUCACGUAGAAGCUAAAACCGAUCUCAACACCCGCUCUCUGGCUCAAUGCGACUUGGAAUCUCACUAUGCCAUCACAAAACUAGAAUCUACCUGA